UGUAUUGCAAAUCAAAGGUUUUCAAAGCAUAUGUCGUUGGUCUGCAAUGUAUUCUGGGAAGUGUUAUCGUGCCUCCUUUUGAAGUUCUGUCUUUGCCUUAAUGUUCUGCUCAGUGAAGCAUUGACUGGACCUGCAAGAACCAUAAAUGAAAAGAAUUGUGGAUAAAAGUCUACAGUUGAAAUCUGGCUACCGUCUGAUGUUUCUUAUUGACAACGUUCACAUCAGCUAGACAUUUUUAUUCAAGGCUUAAUCACGGAGGAAAAGGACUGAUUUCUAUUCAAACUACAUCUCAAUCACCUCAUCGACAUCUCAAGCCGGUAGAGAAGCAUCUUGAUUUUCCAAUCCCUCUAACGUGAAAGUUACUUCUGUGAAAGGACGAGCUGUAUUUAAUAAAAUUGACCGAACUCACGGAAGACCUACGUCAUAGCUUCCAGUAGAAGACUUAAGUCACCCUCUAUACACGUACAUAUUGUUUUCAUUCCCAACGUCAGAGCACCUGCCAUCGCACUUUGAUCGACGAUAUUUAGUGAAGCGAAAUUUGUCAGUUUUAUUUGUUGAGGGAAUAUAUUUCCCUCGGCGGCGCCAUUAAAGUUCAUUGCGCCUCGGGGAUCAGACAGUGGAAACAAUUAUUCAGCUCUGUUGUUGAUAUAAAAACCCUGCAGGCCAUUUAAUAAGUAUUGGCUGACAUUGAAUGACUCACUGGCAGGUGAACUAAACAUGUUGGCGGAAAAUAUAUUUUGAUUGUCCUGGUCCUCUAAGAUGAACAAGGUUGUUUUUCGACGGUGAUUGGAUCUUAAGCUAUGACCAAGGAUCUUUAGUUAAUUUCAUCAUCUUCAGGGUCAAACUAGACUGAACUGCUGAGCAGUCAUGAAUGGUUCGCUUACGAACGUGUUUGAAAACGUAAGUGGAAAUAUUUCAUUCAUUUCCCCAGAAGUACGCCUGUACAGACAAGUAGAACUCGCUCUUGCCGUCAUAUUGUGCAUCUUGUCGCCUAUAACAGUUAUAUCCAACGCCCUUCUUCUCACAGCAAUCUACAAAGAUCCUCUGCGGUGUUUUCGCACACCGAUGACAUUUUUCAUCGUGGGUCUCGCCAUAUCCGACCUGCUCGUGGGAUUGACCGUCGAGCCAUUUUUUGCAAUUUUUUACGUAGUUGGUUUUUCCAACUUCAACGCAAGGCCUGGUGCAGUUUAUGAGCUAAUUCAAAGGAUUGGCGGAAUCAUUUCUACUAUAGCAAUCAGCGUGUCAUUUUUCGUGGUUCUCGCCUUGUCUGUUUGUCAAUAUGUAGCGGUCACAUACCCACACAAAUUCAAGGCCUUAGUGUCCAAAAAUCGAGUUCUCUGCUCUCUUGCUGUGAGCAGUGUUUACAUCACAGGCUUUUGCAUGCUGCAGUUUACGGGAAUAGAGCUGAACACAUUUUUAUUAAUAGACCUUGUCAUGCACCCUACUUUGUUUUCUAUUGUCUUAAUCGUUGUUCAGGUACUACUCUAUACAUCCUUUAACCGCCAUCUCAAACGAAAAUACACUCUCCGCAGAGCGGCCUCUGUGAACCAGUCUCUCAGAAGAGCAAAUUCUUACAAGAAAAGACACAACGAACGCCAGUUUACCAUCAUGACAUUUUAUCUUACAGCCAUCUUGUUAGUUUCGGCUUCGCUGCACAAUAUUGCUCUCUACAUUUAUCUUUUUAAGAAAUCAAAAAACUUGGUUGAAAAAGUCAAUAUCCAUAUUUGUCUACGAGUCAGUGAUCUAGCGCUUUUCAUCAAAGUCGCCCUGGACAUUUUUAUUUAUGCAUGGAGGCUUCCCUCGUACAGGAGAGCUCUUAAGUGUACUUUAUUUGGACGUCAGCGAGUGACGCGUGGCUCGUCUACGACUCUUCGUAAAACAAGCGAUGCUCCGACUGUGAUGGAAAAUGGCCAGAAGGAGACUGGGACAGAAAAUUCAACAAUGCUGCAGCCGCUGGUAGCUUGUACAUAGUUUUCCAAUUCAAGGAUGAAAGAACUGUGCUAACAAUUUGCAUUUCUGAUUGAGCCCUUAAGGCAUUGUGUUUACUGAGAUAAAUAUUCCUUUCAGACAAGUCUUAACAAGGAAACUGAGCUAUUGUGAAUAUUUGUGAAUUUUCAGAUUGUUCCUGUGGCUAAGUUUGAAAACCAGUUGUUAGGGGAACGCCCACAAAGGUUUGCUUAUAGCUAUAUUAAAAAAAAAACGAUUUUAAAAGCGAAAGGCACUUUUUUGUAGAUAUAGCAGUUUACAUGGAAAAGGUAAUCAAGAAAUAAGAUGCAAUAACGACAGUUGUCUAACUUUAUCUCUCGACAAACAAUUUAAAUUUUCCGUCGAAAAAAGUA